AUUGAACUCAGGACCUCUGGAAGAGUAGCCAGUGCUCUUAACGGCUGAGUCAUCUCUCCAGCCCCAUAGUAUAUUUUUAUAGAAACAAAACAAAAGAAACAUUGGUGGGAAUACAGGGUAGGUGGUUUCAACAAAUCGGGAGAAUCCAUGUUAUUGGCCUAAGCUGCUAUCUGAUGACGUUCUUGGAUUCUGGGUUAGUGGAGAGAGGGUUGUGCUUAUGUAUUCCAAAAGGAUUUUACCUAGUUGUCACAAGAAUGAUAAGCCACGCACAGAAGCUGGCAAUAAAUGGCCUUUAAAGAGCACUAAAGAUGGCUGCAAGAUAACUUGACUCUUCAGACACAGCAGGUCUAUUAGUCAAUCAGCUUUAUAGAAUCUGUAACAUGGGUGUGGCUUUUUUUCUGGGCACUUCGGUUUAUACAGGUGAAUUUUUUGAGAAUUACACAAUCUUAACUGGUGCUCCCUCCUCACCCCAAGCCCAAGGAUGCUGGUGAACUGUGAUGACUAAGCUGUGCACAUUACAGGAUUAUGCCAAGCUGCUUACUCAUUCCCAAACAGCAGCAGCAGCAGCCACUGGAAACACCUGUUUGGGUUGUGCGGCCAUCCCUGCCAUCAUGGGGACUUUACUGCAGGGAUCUUGUUUCUUUCUGCUGCCUCUGAGGGACUCAGCCUGUUCUUCAUGGGAUCUCUAUCUUGCCUUCCUCAGAUUUCAAGGUAUCCUUUGCCUCAUUUCAUUCAAACUGAACCUGACCUUACACACCUAUGGAGAUGGCUAAAGAGCCAUUGCACAGAUGUGUCCUGAAGCAGUUAUUCAGCAAAUCUUUAUUCCCCCAGCAGAUGGCUCCUCCAGCCCAGUGGCCUCUGGGUUGACACUUCUAAGUUCAUAAACUGUCAGAAAAAGGUCCAUGGUAAGCUACCACAGGAGACAUGUCCAGAGAUCAGAACUGACCCCCCACUUACACCCCUACCCACUGAGAUUAUGACUGACUUGAAGGAGGCUGGUGCCUAAAUUAAGCAUGCUACUUUCCUUACAAAGACAAUGAAAAUAGGGGACUCUCUAAAGGCCAACGCAUUGUCUUUAUUUCCUUGGGGAUUGAAACCCAUGAUCACGAGUUCCUUAGAGAAGUGAAAGUGGCCUGAACUGAUCCAGUAAUUCCUGUUAUCAGCAGGCUUUAUAAGUCAGUGAGCCGGGAGCUGUCUCUUCAUCCAGACGGAAGUCCCUGGAGUGCAAAGAUGUUCCCACACCCAUCUUUCUUGAGUCUGGCCUCCUUGCUGCUCUUCUCCCUUGUCCUCCAUGAUGUCCUAGCCCUGAGGCUCUGCUCCUUCAAUGUGAGAUCCUUUGGAGAGAGCAAGAAAGAAAACCGCGAUGCCAUGGAUGUCAUUGUGAAGAUCAUCAAACGCUGUGACCUUAUACUCCUGAUGGAAAUCAAGGACAGCAGCAACAACAUCUGCCCCAUGCUGAUGGAAAAGCUGAAUGGAAAUUCACGGAGAAGCACAACAUACAACUAUGUGAUUAGUUCUCGACUUGGAAGAAACACAUACAAAGAACAGUAUGCCUUCCUCUACAAAGAAAAGCUGGUAUCUGUGAAGGCAAGAUACCUCUACCAUGACUAUCAGGACGGAGACAUCGACGUAUUUUCCAGGGAGCCCUUUGUGGUUUGGUUCCAGGCGCCCUUCACUGCUGUCAAAGACUUUGUGGUUGUCCCCUUGCAUACAACUCCUGAGAGUUCUGUUAAAGAGAUGGAUGAGUUGGUUGAUGUCUACAUGGAUGUGAAACGUCGAUGGAAAGUGGAGAGUUUCAUCUUCAUGGGUGACUUCAACGCUGGCUGCAGCUAUGUCCCAAAGAAGGCCUGGAAGAACAUCCGUUUGAGGAUGGACCCCCACUUCGUUUGGCUGAUUGGGGAUCAAGAGGACACCACAGUCAAGAAGAGCACCAACUGUGCCUAUGACAGGAUUGUGCUUCGAGGACAAGAGAUAGUCAACUCAGUGGUUCCCCAUUCAAAUGGCACCUUUGACUUCCAGAAAGCUUAUGAGUUGUCAGAAGAGGAGGCCCUGGAUGUCAGUGACCACUUUCCAGUUGAGUUUAAGCUACAAUCUUCAAGGGCCUUCACCAACAACAGAAAAUCUGUUGCUCUAAAGAAGAGAAAAAGAGGCAAUCGUUCCUAGGUACCACGGUGCCAUUAUUUUAAAAGCCACUCCUUGCUUCCAAAUAAAAUUGCUCUCAUGGGUCUAAACUAACUGCAUGCUCAGGAAUUAAGAAUGGCAGAGCUGCUUUCAUUGUUCACUUGAGUUCAUUCCAUCUAGAGCCAAGAGGGAGAAGAGUCUGUGACCCAACAUCAUCAUUGUGACCUGCCACUAGUUAGGAAGCAGGACAAAUGUCAGCUGUCAGUCCUAUCUGCCAAUGCUCAAAAGGGACUCCUGUUUCCCAGAUAUGAGCAGAAAUGCCAAGACUCAAAUCAAGGCUCAUGAUGUAGGCAAUCAGACUCCACUUCAUCCUCCCAGGGUCAGACAAUUGUAACAUCUAUCAGGGAUGGAGAAUGAGGGCCACUCCCACAGUGCUUACUGUCUCUAUUGCUCUAAGUCAACCAGUCUAAGUACUUCCAGUGUCAUCCCUUCUAUUUCAAGAACACAUUGGACCCCUAUGCACAGCCCAACUAUACGCAUAACCCACCCCUACCCACAAGCCUAGCCCUAACCACAGCAAAACCCUACCUACAGCAAACCCCUACUCACAGCACACCCUUACCCAAAACCACAACCCACCCCUACCCAUAGACCACCCCUACCCAUAGACCACCCCUACCCAUAGACUACCCCUACCCACAGCCAUGCCCAUAAGCCAUCGCAUGUCCUGAAUUCAGUCUUUGGACACCAAGAAAGUUUCCGUUAUCUGACAGCCAGCCUCACUUUGCAUUGCAUGCUCCAAUAGGUUCUUCCCUUUCUUUUUUCCCCUUUCUCCCUUUCCUCUUCCUCCUUCUCCCAACUCCCCAAAGAGGCUCUACCUUGCAUUCCCUGUCCUCUCCCAAGUGUCCUCUGUCUCACAUCUCAUGCUUCCCUUGCAAUAUUUGCCACACUGUAUUGACAAACCAGGUGACAACCAGGGCCAGCUCUGGAACUCACUGAAAGUCCUGUUGACUGACUUGGACUUGAGGCUUUGUUGUCUUCUUGCCACUCUGGAAUCCAGCAAUGUGGCACCAUGUCACUUGUAUUCAGGGUGCCCACUUUUGUUCAUUUUGCUUUGUUUUGCAGGAUAUUCUUUCUUUACUCUUGUACACGAAUGUACCAGGAGCAGGGAAAAUUAGUGGCACUUCUGGCCCUACUCCUGGUUUCUUGUCCCAGAAGCAACCUUUCCACACAGCUUCUGUGGUCUUCCUAAAGGUGUCCAUGCAUAAAUUGUAAGGAUUUAGUCUUUAAUUACGUCAUCAGCCUUCGCCGGCUUCCCAGCCUAAAAAGCGGGUGGUCCUUCUGUGGGCUCUCUGUCCCCUUUCCUUUCCGCUCCUUCCACCCCGUCGGUCCCCCCCCCCACCAUCUCUCUCUCUCUCUUUCUGUCUCUCUCUCCCCCCCAAUAAAGCUCUAAAAAGGUAACCAUGGCUAUGAUUCUUUUAAUCAGCAUGCUCCUCCGCCAGCAUGGCCACCACAGGCGGCGACCAGCCACGAGGGGCAGCGCCGCAGCAUAACCAACAUAAAUGAGUACCAUGUGUAAUUUUAAGAAAUAUAAAGUGUAUCACACUGUAAAUAUGGGUCUGUGAGCUGCUUUUUUUUCCUUAAUAUACUGGUGACAGUGUGACUUUGAUGUAAGAAAAAAAGACAAUGAGUUUUUGUUUUAGUUAGCUCCAUCAUCCCAACAGCAUCAUGGGCUGGGGAACCAAAUCUUUUCUACAUGAGACUUUGGGAGCCACUCCAGUUCCAAAUGGUGGCAGUCUAAUAUCUAGAAUUAUGUAUCAUCUUGCUAAGGGAAUAAAAUCAAAAGGGCCCUGUUUAAGUUGGGAAAGACAUCUUCCCCAAAUGUCCACCUACCUCUGAGAUUUUGUUGAGAUUUCUAUUGUCCAAUUUAUCUCUGAGACUUUAGGGGGAGAUGAUAAGGUUGUUGAGACGUUGGCACUCUUCUGAGGCAGAGUUCAUGUACCCAGAGACCCUUCAGUGCCCAAAUGGUGUGAGACCAAAAUGAGCCAUCUUAGAAAUAAGACCAAAAUGCUUUCACCCUAAAAUUAAAGCCUAAGAUUUCUUCUUUUGGGAAUAGGCCAUUAGUUACUGAAACCAGUCAGUUCAGAUUCCAGAAACCUGGAAGUGUAAAAGUACAGAGUCACAAGGUAGUCAUGAGGUAAUGCCUGCUGGACUAUGGAAUGUCCUCUCCCUGGUUUCCAAGGUAACUGACCAUAAAAAUGCCCCCCCCCCCCCCAGGGCAGCCAAUGAGAAAUGGUGGCGGGCAAUCACUCCCUUAGAAGUAAGAUUAAGCCAUGAUUUCUAGAAGCCCCUAGAAGCGAGUCAAUCAGAAUUGUAUCUGUACUAGCACCCCUAAAUGAUGUAACCUUGUGAUUUUUUCCCUUUAAAAGCUGAACUUGCAGACAGGCGGGCACUUCCUCCAGCCUCCACUGCGUUGGAUGUAUUGGACAAAGUCCCUGUCUAGGCUUGUAUUACUUUUGGAUAUCCAGAAUUAAACCUUGCUUUUGCAUUCCGG